CUACAAGUCAGUACAGUCAACACACACAAACUCAACGGUAUGCACAGAGAGCGACAGUCCAAAAUAUUACGAUCGUGACCGCGCCGAAAGGAUCAAAUAUUUGUAGACAUGCCAUAUUGUCAACGGCGUAGUCUCUGUUUACCGUUUGUCAGUGCUCGCUCACUAAUUGUACAACUUAAGUCUUAACAGGUUUAAUUUGAUAAUAUUGGCUUUGUGUCAGUUGUACAGAGAAGUUCCGGGGCUGCGUCAAGAGUACGCCGUACUCAUUCAAAACAAAACAUCCGGUCGCUGAGUGUUAUGUGAAGAUCAGGUAUAUCCUGUGGAUAAAGAAAUACCGAAGUACCCUGAAACAAAGAUGUUUACUACACCUGAACGAAUGCUAUGGAGCAAUAAUUAGUGGUAUCUAUGUUAAAAAAUUCCAAAUACCUUCCAAGAACAAAAAAGAACAAACGGUCACGCAUUAUUUCAUUCCUGUUCGAUCUGACCAGGGAAGAACAAGUACAAGAGAUUCGUUCACUUGGCCAGACAAAUUCUAUGUUGUUCCACGUUUGUGUUCUGACUUGUCAAAGGAAGUUGAUUAUAAAUAAUCUUGUCCUUUAGUGUUUUGGUCAGUAUAUUUCCUACGCACUUGAAUUGCUAUAAUACUGGGCGAAGCAGUACACUGUAAUCUUUCUACAAGCGACAUGCUAAAUACGAGUAAGAUGUGGUCUCUACUUCGUGCCAUUCUGAGAGUCCUUCAGCGCCCGAAGGUUUUGAUAUUCUUGUCGGUAGUAACAGUUUUUUUCUUCCUGAACAGGUCGAACGAUCCUGUGGUACUCAAAGCCAAGGUGGAUUUUAAAGGAAUCAAGCGCAGUGUGUCUUUCGAAAAAGGCGAUUUGGUGUUGAAACUACGAUACCUUAUCAUGGUAGCUUUUAGCGAUGUAGGUUUGAAUAAAGUGCCUCUAGCGAGUGUCGAGUUACUAAAGUACCAUCAUGGUGUUCAGGAUUAUGUCAGUCUCCCUCUUGAUAAGAAGCUUGAGGAUAAUAUACAGGUUAAAAUGAGGUUUUCCUACAAACAAAACGGCCAGAGCAACAGUUCUAACGGGCCAGAACUGUACCAUCCAGUGAUUAGAAACACUCCCUAUCGACUAUGGAAUCCAGCAAGCACGUCCUUGCUUCAGCGAGACUCUAACAAUGUCAUCCGUUGUAAUGGUAGUUUCAAGGACAUGGAUUACAAUAGUAAGUUUACGAUAGCCGAGAAUCUCGAACUUUAUGGAGUGAAGAUAGCAUUGGUCUUUGCUUGGUCUUUCGCCUGUAAUUACUUCGUGACCUUUUUCCACAAUUUGCCAAUAGCUCUAUUUGAUAUUCUUCUGAAAGAAAUAUCCGCGAGAUAUCCGUGCGAUCUGCUUUCAGAUCAAAGACACGGGAUAGGUUUAGCUCGUGCUUACACUGUAAAACUCGGGUCAGUUUUUAUACGUCAUUUCUAUAAUCUAACGGGUGCUUAUCACGCGAAAAUGCAACUCAUAUGGUUAACAUGCCUGUUGGCAAUAGGGGAAUCUUUAGCUUGUUUACAAUAUUUGACUCAUUAGCAUAAGCAAUUCAGUUUCUG